AUGGUGACUCAGAACAAGUCCAUGUUUGGUCCGCUCGAAACGAAGCACAUCUUCGCAGCCAAGUGGUUCCGCAAAUUCGACAAGCACGUGAUGACCGCCGCGUGGAAAACCAACGAAGGAUGGGUCGACUGGGUGUCGCUCGGCGUUGACAUGACUCUCGCUUUCAAGGAGCAGAGCGCCGCACUGAAUUUCGACGAAGAGACCCUUUCGCGCCUCCAUAUUCGCUUCUACCAGCAAGACCAACACAAGCCUGACAAUGUUUGGGCCGCGGCCGAGAAGCUGCGCGAGAUGAUCAACUGGCACGUUGAUGACGGUGCACGAGUCAUGAGGCUCCGAGGGAGGGCCAUGCCGGAAGUGAAGGUCAAGUUUGACGACCUCGUCGACAAAGUCACGCUGGCGAUUGCGGAUGGUUUAUGGGAUGGGGGGAUCUCGGAGGAGGCGCUCAAGGUCUUGGAAAAGACCAUGAAAGGCAAGCCCCACUCGUAA